CUCUCAGCCAGGUGACAGCUGAGCCAGCACGGACUCCUCACAGCAGCAGCACGCAACACAACAGAAAAUAUACAACCAUCUGUCAGCGCCAAAUCAAAGUGGAGUACACACACAGAGUUAUUGCGUUUACUUUCGAUUUAGCUUGCAACGUUACGCAAUUUGAAAGUAUCUCUUCCGCUCGUUGUUAGCCUGCCAGCAGCGCGAGGAUACCGUUAACGUUAACGUCUGACAUUACUACCGGAGAACCCUCAGCGGCUGUUGUAUUUCUGAGCAGGUAACGUCGCUACCGUCAACAUGUCGGACGCGGCCGGGGAGGCGAAGCUGGAGGUGAAACAGGCGAGCAAAGAGGUGAAGGAGAGCGAGAACGUAGCGGAGAAAUAUUCAGCGAUGACCGUAAGCAAGAACAGCGAAAUGAACAUGGGAGAGCUGUCAUCCGCCUUCAGCGCCGUGCCCACACACAAACCAGUUAAAAAGCAAAUCCAGUUUGUGGAGGACAAGCAGGAGUUCAGCAGGUUCCCCACCAAGACAGGCCGCCGCUCUCUGUCCCGCUCCAUCUCUCAGUCAUCCACAGACAGCUACAGCUCCGCUGCGUCCUAUACGGAUAGCUCUGAUGAUGAGACUUCACCACGGGACAAGACUCAGGUCAACUCCAAGGGCAGCAGCGACUUCUGCGUCAAGAACAUCAAACAGGCUGAAUUUGGCAGGCGUGAGAUUGAGAUUGCAGAGCAAGAUAUGUCAGCGCUGAUCUCUCUCAGGAAGAGAGCACAGAGUGAGAAACCAUUGGCAGGUGCCAAAAUUGUAGGCUGCACUCACAUCACUGCCCAGACUGCGGUGCUGAUCGAGACUCUGGUGGCCCUUGGGGCUCAGUGCCGCUGGACUGCAUGUAACAUAUACUCUACACAGAAUGAGGUGGCUGCUGCUCUGUCAGAGACCGGUGUGGCUGUGUUUGCCUGGAAAGGGGAGUCUGAGGAUGAUUUCUGGUGGUGUAUCGACCGCUGUGUCAACACUGAGGGUUGGCAGCCUAACAUGAUCCUUGAUGAUGGAGGAGACUUGACACACUGGAUGUACAAGAAAUACCCCAAUGUAUUCAAGAACAUCAGAGGCAUUGUGGAGGAGAGUGUCACUGGGGUUCACAGGUUGUAUCAGCUGUCCAAAGCUGGUAAACUGUGCGUACCUGCAAUGAAUGUAAAUGACUCUGUGACGAAGCAGAAGUUUGACAACCUGUACUGCUGCAGGGAGUCCAUCCUGGACGGCUUGAAGAGAACCACAAAUGUCAUGUUCGGAGGCAAGCAGGUGGUCGUAUGUGGGUAUGGCGAGGUUGGAAAAGGUUGUUGUGCUGCUCUGAAAGCUCUGGGAGCCAUCGUCAGUGUUACAGAGAUUGAUCCCAUCUGUGCCCUGCAGGCUUGCAUGGACGGAUUCAGGGUGGUCAAGCUAAAUGAGAUUAUUCGCCAGGUUGAUGCCAUCAUCACAUGCACCGGGAACAAGAAUGUGGUGACCAGAGACCAGCUGGACCGAAUGAAAAAUGGCUCUAUUGUCUGCAAUAUGGGCCACUCCAAUACGGAGAUUGAUGUGGCAAGCCUUCGGACUCCUGAGUUGACCUGGGAAAGAGUGCGCUCUCAGGUGGAUCAUGUCAUUUGGCCCGAUGGCAAGAGGGUUAUCCUUCUGGCUGAGGGACGUCUCCUCAACCUCAGCUGCUCCACUGUCCCUACCUUCGUCUUGUCCAUCACAGCCACUACUCAGGCCCUGGCUCUUAUAGAGUUGUACAACGCCCCUGAGGGAAGAUACAAGCAGGAUGUUUACUUGCUUCCCAAGAAGAUGGAUGAAUACGUCGCCAGCCUGCAUCUGGCCACUUUUGAUGCCCACCUGACAGAGCUUUCUGAUGAGCAGGCAAAAUACCUGGGCCUGAAUAAGAACGGCCCUUUUAAACCCAACUACUACAGGUAUUAGUCUGCAGGGGAGCCACAGCUCAGCACACCUAAAUGUGGACGUUACCCAUCACCCAUCCCUAAGACAAAAAAAAGAUUUAUGUAUAUUGUAUUUUAUAAUCUUCACAGGAUGCACAGCGUAUAUUUCGUUGUAAUUUACUGGCCAUGGCCAUUUUCUCUCUCUCUUCCUGCUUCCUGCAGAACUGCACGUUUCCCCGAGCUGGCUAUGAAAGUCAGUUUAACCACAGCACUUACAUCUGCUGUGUAGGGCGAUUUUUAUUUUCUGGUGCAUCUUUUUCCAAACGUGCUGGCUCCUGGGUUAUUUUAGACUUCUGAUAGAUAUUGAAUAAUGUAUCAUUAUAUUGUGCCAAAUGACCGUGAUGGAGAAGGGUUACAGUUGUUGUAAAAUGUUAAUGGUUCGUUGUGAAAUCAGAUAAACCUUUGCUAAGCGAUACAUUUGAAUGAAACAUUUUAAUCAAAUUCCUCCAUGUAAUGCUAAAGGGUCAAUUCCAAACCUACAAAACUCUGAAGCUCACUGAGCCUUUUAGCCACUGUUAGCUCCUUGUCUCAUCAACCACCCGUAUGAAACCCAAACAACAGAGAGCCAAUGUGUGAAGUCCUGGCUGGUGAAGAAAGACACGCUCCAAAUUUUUUUCUCAGGACUAAGUGGACCAAAUCAGAGCUAAAAGGCCAGUGAAUGGUCAGGUUGCCAGAAAUAUGACUCCAGUUAGAUGUCUGGUCAAUGUUUAAGUAGGCAAUUCUUACAAAUGAGCCAUAACAACUUGAUAAUGUGAUUGUAAAUCAGGGCUGUGUUUUCGUAAGUUUGAUUUGCAGUCUUUCCGCCUCCCUGUUGUCAAGUUUUCUUUCUGCUAAAAUGCGGCAGCACUUACUUAUUUAAUACAUUCCAUCCACAAGAUACAGAAGAAAUAUUCUCUGUAGUAUCGUCCACAUUACCGGUAACCUUCAGCAGAUCUAGGCAACAAAAGCAACUUUAGCACUUACUGACUAUAGCAAACGUAAGAUGGGAGCUUAGCAUUUAUUUUCUUGAAAAUAUUUGUCCAUUUAUGAAGUUUUGGUAUCUGGAAAGAAAAGUAUCUGUACCCCAUGGCAUUCAAAAUUUAAAAUUAUUUGUAAAUAUAUUUCUACCACAUCAGCUCUUGCUGACCUAAGUAUCUGUGUUUAGUCUUACUGUCAUUCUCAUGAAAUUACUAUUUACAGUAGGAAUGUAAAAUAUGUUAAGAAGUUUUGAUAUUCUGUGAUCCAAAUCACCUGCAAGUCAUCUGGAGCCAUGUAUAUUCUGUGUAUAGCUAACACGAGCCACAGACUACAUGUUGAACAGUGUUAUGCACAGUAUGUUUGUGCUUUAUGUGCAACAGCCCCUGAUCAGCUGAUCUGGUCUGAUCUGAUCAAAAUGGUGUUGGAUUUAUGGUUAGAUUUGUCACAGGACUCUGAGCUUGUGUUAACUAGUGGAUGUCUCUUUUUAACAACAGAAACGUAAACUUAAUGAUCCAAAUUCUCUGGGUCUAAACAUGAAUAAGCUUUUCUUGAAUCAGCACAGUUAGAUAGAGAGAUGUGUUAGCUUUACCUUCUGUGUUCUCUUGUGGUAUUAUAGCUUUUCAAAAUAACACAAUGCUUUGCUUUG